AUGGAUUGCAACACCCUCGACGCUAAACCAAGCUCCGCAAGCGGCUCUGCCGACAACCUCAACAUGCUGGCUUCACCUCACCGCGCGGGUGAGAACGCUCAACCAGCCCAGGAGACUCCCCGUCCUCCGCGCAACCGGUUCGACACCAGUCUUCCUGGACCAGACCCAAGUAGUAUCCGAUCUUUUGCGUCGCCACAGCUUCCGGGCGCUCCGCGCCGCGCUACCUCUACAGUUCACAAUCCCAGAGACGCUGCCACCCCAAGUAAGAGGCAGAGACGCAGGAUGAAGAAGACCCUUGAAGAGCUCCGAACGAUUGGUUGCUCGCAUGCAUGCCAUACGAGCAAGCGCUACCGCUUCAGGGACCCGUACAAGAUUUUCAACCGCCAGGGUACAUUCCUGAUGUACGCUGACGGUUGUAAAGAGCCGUUGAUGCAAUCGUUCAUGGGAAGGUGCUGCCACUGCGAGGAGCUCGUGAUGUUCGAGGCGAAGAACAACAAGAAAUGCCCGGCUUGUAAGGAGCACCAGUGGUGCUUCUCUUGUAGGUUCACCACCGAGUGGCCCAACCCUCUGCCCAGCUUCCAGGGCUUGAGCCUGAGCAACAAGGGCGACGAGGUCGAAGAGGCGGCCGACAACAAGGAGGUCGAGAAGGCGGGAGGAGACCCGAUGGUCAUUGACGCUUGA